AUUGAAUUCAUUUUCCAAGUGAAAAAAUUAGGAUAUGAUAUCCGCCGUUCAAGUUCAGUUCCCAAGUGAGUACUUUAAUGGAUCGUGAUUCUCUGCCUUACUAUGGCAGCAAGGGACGGUGCUUGGCUUUAAUAGCCUUCUACUCUAAUUCCAACUAGUCUUCUACUCUUCUCUGCAUUCGUAAUAACAGUGACAUUCAUAUUAUUAGAAGGUUCUUCAAUGGAUGGUAUUUGUUGCGUUAAACGGAUCCGGGAAAAUCUUGAUGAUUUUUCCGCUCUUCAUUAUUCUAACCCUAAUUCCAGUAAGGUAUCCGCCAGGCGCGACUUUCCUGGAAAGCCCAGUCUCCCUGUUGAAGAACAUGACAGCGAUUAUGAUCCAUCGGAAGAAGAAACAGAGCAAUUCGAUGAAUCUAACGCAGCUAAAUCUGUUGGACUUGAGACAGAUAUUCGAAAAGGCUUCGAUGAAUUUGAGCCUUAUUUCUGGAGGAGAAAUAAGACUGAUGGUGAGAUGAUUGAGAUCGAGUAUGAACCUGCAGAAGAAUUUAACGAAAUCGUGGUGAAAUCUGUUAAUCCCCCAGAAUAUGAGUCAGAUUGCUAUGAUGCUAAGAGACUAAAAAUAACUGCAAUCCGCAAUCGUUUCAAGGGGGUUCAUAAAUCAUCUGCUUACACUGAUAAUCCUGUGAACAGUGAGGAUGGGAGUGACUAUGAUCCUUCAGAAGAAGAAGCACAGGAAGAUGGGGAAGAGUUGGAAGAAGAUCCUCAGCCUUCAAUGUUAUAUGGUGGAAAGGUAUCUGCAAGGCGGGAUUUUCCAAAAGGUUGUUUCCCAAUCUCUAUAAGAAGCUAAGCAGAUGAGAAUUGUGAAUCAAAGCACUGGUUUGGGGUCUGAAUGAAUAGUUAGAUUCUUAAAAGUUUUGGUGUUUAAACUGUAGUUUUAUAUGGUUUUCUCGUUUGGAAAUUUCUUUAUUCCUUUAUGCAUUCUUGGAUGGCUAGCUCCUUAACUUUUGUCCUGGAGAUGUAAAAUUACACACACCCAUAUUGAUUUACUUGGUGUAUGAAUAUUGAAUUCUAUGAUAUGAUACUCUUUCAUACA